AUGAUUCAUUUAGUAAAUGUAUUAGCUAAUGAUAUAACUGCAAUUUCAUCUGAAAAAGUAUCAUGUACAGAUGGUGUCAAUCAGCGACUAAGUAAAAUUAUUCAUGAUCCAAUUUUUACAAGUCGUUUGACUUUUAUCAAAUGGUUAUCACAGAAUUUUAUCAAUUUACAUUGUUGUGAUAUUGCACUUAAUCGAUUUUGUUUACAAAUAUUACCUGAAAUUCAAUGGCUUGAUCUUGAACCAUCAUCUAUGAAGCAUGUUUUACGUUCUGUCAAUUAUCCUAAUUUAGAUAGUCUUGCUUGGUCUUUAUAA